AUGGCUAAUGGUGGUGUUUCAAUGAAGUCAUCGCCGUGGGGCAAGAACGUUAAAGAGGUUACGGAUGUGGAUGACGAGCCAAUUGUUUCGUUGAUUGAAAUUAUGAAUGAGGAACUUGCUGAACAACUUGAAGAGGCAGAACUUGCGGAUGCGACAGAAACAGGUUUGGAUUCAUCAUUGGCACAGUAUGGAUUGACUGUAGAGGAUGUGGGAGAGGGAGCAGACGACUUAACACUUGCACGUGCCUUACAAGCUCAGUUCGAUCGAGAGUAUCAAGCGAGCCUUAAAGUUGAACCAAAAAAGGGGAAAGGAACAAAAAUUGAAGUGAAUUUCGAAUCUUAUCAUCCGAGUUAUGAUUUGGAAGGUGAUUACGAUGACGAGAGCGGUGAAGAUGAUGAAGAUUUACGUGAAUUCGCCACCAAUCUCUUAUAUGAAAAUGUGAAAGAGGAGUUUCCACCGUGUGGCUUCGUAAAAGAUGCAGAGGGAAAUUUGAUUACAAAACAUGAUAAAGAAUUAUCUGAGAAACGUAACACAAAUAAAGUCAUGCAGUUUCCGAUCGAUUUUCCAACCGGUGACGUGGUUGGUGAGAAACUGAGUAAUCGUGUUUUCAAUACAUUGCGUGCCUACAGUAAAACUGAUCAAAAACGUAACAUACGAAUCAGGGAUAAGGAGGAAAAAGCUACAAACGAUCAAAGUAUGGAUGCGACAACAAGAAUGAUUCUCUAUAAAUGGAUUAAUUCAGGCGAAAUGUUCGAUCGAGUUGAGGGGGUGAUUGCAACCGGAAAGGAAUCAGUUGUAUUACAUGCGGCCACUCGUGCCGAUAGUGUGUUGAAUUUGGAAGAGGCUCAUUACGCAAUUAAAGUCUUCAAAAUGACGCUGACCGAAUUCAAAAAUCGUUCUGAAUACGUUCAAAAUGAUUACCGUUUCAAGAAUCCGCGCAGAGUGUUGCGUGUUUGGGCUGAAAAAGAGUUCAUGAAUUUGCACCGAAUGGUUCGAGCUGGUCUGAGAUGUCCCGAACCAAUUCGUCUUAAGAAGCAUGUAAUGGUGAUGUCGUUGAUCGGUAGUGGUGGACGAGCUGCACCGAAAUUGAAAAGUAUUGACUGGGAGGAUGAGGAAAGUAAAGUGGAUGCUUUUGAGCAAGUUAGAGAAGCUAUGUUACGUAUGUUCAAAGAAUGCAACUUGGUUCAUGGUGAUUUAAGCGAAUUCAAUAUGUUGUAUCAUCUUGGCCAGGUCUACAUUAUUGAUGUGUCACAGGCAAUUGAUAUUUCACACCCGCGUGCGUUGUUCUUCUUGUUACGUGAUAUCGAAAAUGUCUUGGAAUUCUUCGGACGAAUUCUCACUGAAGGCUUACCAACUGCUACUGAACUGUUCAACGAAAUCACUGGAUUGAAUAUGGACCCUGAAAAGAAUCUUCUCGUACAGGUGGAGCAUUUUGAGAAAGACAAUCGAAAUGUUCAGCUGAGAGAGGAUAAAGCCAAGCCGGCAGAUUGUGACCUUCGCCUCUAUGUUGACGAAGUUGCUACAACACAUGAAGAUCCGGCUAAACUCUACAAUUAA